GUCUUUAGAGCCCAAAGUAUCAAGAAUGCCUUUCGACAUGCCUGGUCUGGUUAUUCGACACACGCAUUUGGACACGAUGAACUGGAACCACUGACAAACGGAACUACAGAUUCACGCAACGGGUGGGGAGCCACCAUCUUUGAUUCUCUGGACACACUGAUAAUUAUGGGAUUAGAGGAUGAGUAUAUCAAUGCACGCGAGCAUGUGCGCAAAGUAGACUGGUCAGCAACCAAAGAUCCUUCAAAGACAUUCGAAACCAAUAUUCGGUACCUAGGUGGACUUUUGUCAGCCUAUGAUUUACGCCAAGAACCAAUCUUUUUAGAAAAGGCUUUAGAAUUGACCAAGCUGGUGAUUUUACCAGCCUAUGGAACACCUAAUCGUGUACCUGCUGCAUACGUAGACGUAGAAAGUGGUCGACCAUUAAAAACUAAAAGUCUAACGCUGGCAGAAUUCGGAUCGAUGCAAUUGGAAUUCGUUCGUCUCAGUCAGAUUACUGGCGAUGAACGAUACUCUACACUCGCAAACAAUGUUAUUCACCGAAUGACCAAUGUUCAUACUGAUAUUCCUGGUCUUUACCCAAUGUCUUGGGACCCAAGUUCAUUUACACCUAUAAACAGUUAUGUGACUAUCUCUGGUGGAGCUGAUAGCUUUUAUGAAUAUCUCCUAAAGACACACAUGUUAAUGAAUGGAGAAGAAGAGACUCAGAUUGAUAUGUGGCGAACGGCUGUUGAGAGUAUGCGUAGUAUACUCAGAUCGGAGACAUCAGAUGGCAUGGUGUUCUUGAGCGAGUUUUCGAAUGGAUACAAAUAUCUACAGUCUGGUGAACUUAUUUGCUUUAUGCCUGGAAAUCUUCUUUUGGGUGGUCGAUAUCUGGAUGAUCCUCAGAUGGACACUCUGGCUAAAGAGCUUAUGGAUUCUUGCUACAAUACUUGGAUACGAACUCCUACUGGUUUGUCACCAGAGUCGUGGAGUUGGAUACAGAAAGAUCAAGACAACACUCAAUUCCCUGGUUCGAUGCAACAGAUGAUGAAAGACGAUGGGUUUGUUGCAAAUGAUAAAUCUUAUGACCUAAGACCAGAAACCCUUGAGAGUCUGUUUUACUUUUAUAGAAUGACUGGAGAUCCGUCUUACCAAGAUAAGGCAUGGACAAUCUUUGAGGCUAUUGAAAAAUACUGCAAGACAUCUGGCGGAUACACAAGAGUAGCGAAUGUUAUGGACAAAGAAAAUGUUGAUCCAUUGAACUUUGAAGAAAGUUACUUUUUUGCAGAGACUCUCAAGUAUCUUUACCUUAUAUUCAGUGAUCCAAACUUGAUUUCUUUGGAUGAAUAUGUGUUCAACACAGAAGCUCAUCCAUUCAAA